AUGCGAGAAUCAUCGCAAUCCCCAUCUUCCGGGCUUAGCCGGCACGACACCGCCGUCGCUCGGAUCUCAUCACAGGUAGCACAAUUCCAUCGCACCAAUACGCCCUUUCGGAUCUUCCAUGGCAGCACCAAUGCGACGAGGCCCAGUACCAGGACGCUCGCCGGCACGGUCGAUAUCUCGGAUCUGAACCAUGUCAUCUCCAUUAACGCGGAGAAGCGGACAUGUCUGGUCGAGUCGAACGUGCCCAUGGAUCUCCUGGUCGCCAGCACCUUGCCCCUGGGAUUGGUGUGUCCUGUAGUGCCUGAGUUUCCGGGCAUCACGGUCGGGGGCGGGCAUGCCGGCACAGCGGGUGAGAGCUCGAGCUUCCGGUAUGGAUUUUUAGACCGCUGCGUGAAUUGGUUGGAGAUCGUGUUGGCCGACGGCGAGGUGGUGAUUGCUUCGGAUGAGAAUGGGACGAAAGAUCUCUUCCGUGGCUCAGCGGGCACUUUUGGGACGCUGGGCGUGGCGACCUUGUUCGAGAUCAGGCUCAUCCCUGCGAAGUCGCAUGUCGAGUUGACUUAUCUCUCGGUCAACAGUAUUGAGGACGCUCAGAAAGAACUGGCACAGCAGGCAGAGGACGCCAGCGUCGAGUUUCUGGAUGGCAUUAUGUUCGCUCCAGACAAGGGUGUCAUCAUGGCUGGGCGGUUCGCAGAGCCAGGCCAGGAGAAGAAGGAUGGCAAAGGAGAGCAUGAUCUUCCGAUAGUGACCUUCACAAAGCCAUGGGACGAGUGGUUCUACCUACAUGCCGAAGCACAAAUCCAGGGCACGGGCAUUCCGAGAAAGAAUCUGAUCCCCGUAACGGACUAUCUGUUCCGCUACGACCGCGGCGCCUUCUGGACAGGCAAAUGGGCGUUCGAAUACUUCUACACCCCGUUCACGCGGUUCAUGCGCUACGCCUUCGACAACUGCUUCCAUACACGCGCCAUGUACCACGCGCUGCACCGCUCAGGGCUGAUGCAGCGAUUCAUCGUGCAGGACAUGGCGCUUCCCAAUCGCAACGUUCCCGAAUUCUCGCGCUGGCUCGACACCGAAUUGCCCACCAUCUACCCUCGCUGGCUGUGCCCGCUGAAGCUGGACGAGAGCGUAAGCAUGAGUCCGCAUAACGCGCCUGCCGCACGCACACAGGGCGACAGACUCCUCAACAUCGGCGUCUGGGGCCCCACCCCACGCCAGCACACGCAGAUCGGCUUGAACCGCCGGAUCGAGGCGAAGCUCAGCUCGCUGCAGGGCAUGAAGUGGCUGUACGCGCAGACCUUCUACACCGAGGACGAGUUCUGGAAUAUCUACGAUCGGAAGGCGUACGACGCCCUGCGGAAGAAAUACAACGCCGAAGGCUUGCCUUCCGUCUACGAAAAGGUGAGGACGAAGGUCGACCAGGAAGACCUGCCGCUUGGUAAUAAUGGUGACGGUACGAAACUCGGUAUUGAAAAGGGCUUCUGGAGCAUUUGGCCUUUCGCGGGCCUUUAUGGCGUCCUGAGUCUUUAUACUGGCGGCAAGGAUUAUUUGAGGAAGACGUGA